GUGGGAAGCUAGCAAAAUGUCGGAAGCGGAGGCAGAGAAGCUCCAACGUCAUCUUGACUUGCUUCGCCAGGAGUAUGUCAAGCUUCAGAAUCGUCUCGCUGAGGUAGAGCAGAAAUAUAAUGUUGCGAGGGCGUCAGCCGGUGGAGGAGGGACCGAUAAUGAAGACAACUUUGUUUCUAGACUUCUCGGUACCAUCGCGGAUCUGUUUGACAAAGAACUCUAUAGCGAUCUAGUCGUCCAUCUGGAUGGCAAAGAGGUCAAAGCUCACCGGUUUGUCUUAGCAGCUCGUAGCACCCAGUGGGGAGUUCCCAAUCUAUCGGAGGCCAAUGAACUCGACUUCACCGGUAUAUCGUAUGACACUGGCAUGGCACUGCUCAAAUGGGUCUACACUGACACCAUAGACAUGAAGACGGAGGAUGGGUUCGUACUCGGACUCAUGAAAGCUGCCAGCAAAUUCAAACUGGAUACUCUACGGGACAGGUGCGAGAAAGCGUUAAUGUCUUCAGUGGAUGUAAGAAACUGCAUCCGAUACUACCAGACAGCUGAGGAGAUUGGAGCUACGUCGCUCAAGGCUCACUGCUCAGAACUGAUCUCCAACCACUGGAAUGACUUCACAAGUGAUGACUUUGUCAACAUGACGGCUCCGUUGCUCUACAAGAUGUUCAAAGCCAAGACACCAUUUCCUCUUCAUCAUGCCAUCAGGAAUCGACGAGAGGAUAUUGUCUUUCUGUAUCUCAUGGAGUUUGAUGCUCUGCUCCCCGAUAAACUGGAUGAGAUUGACGAGCGAGGUGAUCUACCUCUAGAUUUGGCACUCGCCAGUAAACAAGAGAGUAUCGCACACGAACUCGUCAAACACAAAGUGGAUAUAGACAGAGCAGACUCUGGAGGGCGCUGUUUACUCCAUAAGGCAGUCAAGCGAGGGGACAAGUUCUCAGCAUUCUUCUUGAUCCAAGCGGGAACGAAGGUCAACGCAGCGACACAUCAAGAGAAAGAGACUGCACUUCAUAUUGCGGCAUCGUACAGUCCUUUAAGCUCUACUCCAGACGUUAUAUCGGACAUGAUGGAGGUGGCCGUCAAGUUACUACAGCAUGGUUCUAAUCCAGAUCAACAAGACACGCGAGGAAACUCUGCAUUGCACCGAGCUGUAAGCAGCCGAAACACUGAAGUUUUCGAUCUUCUGUUAUCUCAAAAAUCGUUGAACCUUGACCUUCAGAAUGCUGAAGGUGACAGCGGUUUAUGGUUGGCCUUGGAUCCAACACUAAGGGCAUCUGGGUUUGGUGAGGACAGCAUGGCGGCUAAACUCAUCAGGAGAGGAUGUAGCGCUGACUCAGUCAACUUACACACUGGUGAUAGUCUUCUCCAUCGAGUCUGUAAGUCUGGUCUGACCAAUGAGGAUGCUGCGUUAUUUCUUGCCACAAAAGGAGCCUCAACAAAUCUUGCCAAUUUCAAGGGUGAAACGCCUUUACAUGCUGCAGCCGUCAAUGGCUUGGCUAAGCUAGUAGCUCUACUGCUCCAGAAGGGAGCUAACCCCAAUGCUCAGACCAAGGAGGAUGUCUUAGGCAAGAUGAACCAGCUGAAUCUUGAGGAGGACGGUCAGCCCAAUCUCCUCCUAGCCUCUAGGCAGACACCUCUACACAUGGCUAUCGCUAACCAACACUCAGAUGUCGUCAGUGUGUUCCUGGAGCAUAGAACAAACGCCAUGCAGGGCCAAGAUGGCGUCCUGAUCAUCCCUGACUUCAACGUGAAGGACAGUAAUGACCAGACGGUCCUUGGUCUGGCACUUUGGACCGGUCUGCAUAGCUUUGCGGCCCAACUACUCCACGGUGGCGCUAACAUCAACUGCACGACGCUGGACGGGUUGACGCUACUUCAUACGGCCAUCAGCAAACAAGAUACCCAGAGUGCUUUGUUCUUACUGGAGCACCAAGCCGAUAUUAAUAUCAAAUCUCGAGGUGGAGAAACUCCUCUACAGCUAGCCAUCAAGCGUCAUCUUCCCGUGGUUGUCGAUGCAUUGUGUGUCCGGGGAGCUAAUAUGAACACACCGGAUGAGAAGGGUAACCCACCAUUGUGGGUUGCACUGGAGAGUGGACAGGAAGACGUAGCAUCAACCCUGGUUCGUCACGGUUGUGACACAACGGCAUGGGGUCCAGGCUUCGAUGGUUGCCAGCAGACGUUACUUCAUAAAGCCAUCGAUGAGAACAAUGAAGCUGUGGCCUGUUUCCUUAUCAGGAGUAUGUGUGAUGUAAACAGUCCACGUAGACCAGGCCCUCAUGGUGAGGGUGGUAUGGAGUCUAAGGAUGGGCAGGGCCCUCUGCACAGAGCAUGUGAAUGGGGCCAGGAACUUGUAGUACAGUGCCUUGUAGAACAACAGGCUGAUGUCAACGCAAAGGAUGCCGAGGGUCGGACACCGUUACACAUUGCCAUCACCAAUCAACAUCCAGCUAGCAUCAGCUUAUUGAUGUCUCAUCCACUGCUAGACCUGACGCUAAGAGAUCGCAGCGGUCUAACGCCGUUUGCUGCUGCUAUGACAUACAAGAACAACAAGGCUGCUCAAGCAAUCUUGAACAGAGAACCAAGGGCUGCAGAACAGCUGGACAACAAGGGCAGGAAUUUCCUUCAUAUUGCAAUCCAGAAGUCGGACAUCGAGAGCGUCUUGUUUCUGAUCAGCGUCCACGCUAACGUCAACUCCAGCGUGCAGGAUUCCUCUAAGCACACUCCCCUACAUCUCGCUGUCCAAGCCAGCUCGGAAAUCAUCGUCAGGAAUCUGCUGUUAGCAGGUGCUAAUGUGCAGGAUACCGACGGGCAUAAACAGACUGCAUUACACCAUGCGGCUGCCGUAGACCAGCCAUCAAUUAUUAGUGUCCUGAUAGAGAAUGGAAUCUUAGUGGAUGCCGUGGACGACAAUCACAAUAACGCAUUACAUAUCAGCGUUCAGCACGGCAAUCUGGCAAGCACCAGAGCGUUACUGACUGAAUCUCAGAUCAACGCAGAGUCAUAUAAUGCAAAGGGUCAGACACCGAUGCAUAUUCUAGGUCAAUGCGGUCGCGAUAACGCCGCCGCAAUAUUUGAACUCUUCAAGGAAUGUAUGCCAACUUAUCCAGUAGAUAAACAGGAUGCUGACGGCAACACAGUAUUGCUGUUAGCAUACCAGAAUGGCAACGGAGCAUUGUGUAGAGCUAUUGUCAGAAGUGGCGCAAGCGUAGGAAUACUGAAUAAGAAUGGAACCUCAAUAUUCAACGCUCAGGUGGCCACGAAACAACUCCUGUUUAGGUUACUAGAUAUGCUAUCAUCGGAACCUGCUUGGUCUGAGAGUGAGAUUUGUCAGGAUUGUCAAGUCAAGUUCUCCAUUAAGACAAGAAAACAUCACUGCCGUCACUGCGGGCGAAUCUUGUGCAAUAAGUGUUCAUCUAAGAUGGUUCCGAUCAUCAAAUACGACCAAACAAAGCCGGUCCGUGUCUGUGACAUUUGCUUUGACGUCUUAUCACUAGGUGCUCUCUAAGAAACCAAAAAGUCCACGCUCUCCAUCUUUGUACCAUAACUCUCCUGGACUCUCCAAAAUCCUCUUGAGGAAGUUGACUGCAAGGGAUUGAGGACUGAAGGCCUAAGUAACAGUUACUUUUCACCGGGCGAAGGCAGUCCAGUUUUUUCCAAGUCCGAAGUAUGUUGUUCGAAGACAGGAGGAGAGGUUAUUGGAGGAUUGAGGUCACCUGUAGGCAAGUUGGCCUAGGGAUUAAGAGUUAAUUUAGGUACACAUCAUGUCUUACCACUGGUUCUUCUUCUUCCUUUCAAGUUCAUGCAAACUUACAGUUCAAACUUUUUGGGUCUUGUUGUUAAACAUGGUAACAUCUGUACAACAGGGCAGAGUGAAGACAAAGCGAAGAUUGUCUCGUAUCCAUGAAGGAAGUUGUUCUUACUAUUUGAAAGCAAAAAGUUGUUAAUGGCCUGACUUUUUGACUCCAGCAGAGGCAAAAAGACUAUUCUAGGAACGAAACGUGGGCCAUUUACUAUUGUUUGCAUUUAUACCAUAGGUCCUAUUUGCUAAGCAGUUUGCAACAGCUCAUUCUAUUUUCUCUACUAUUUGAAAGGGAAUCUAAACGAUGGUUCUAAAACGUGAACGUUUACAAGUCUUCUGAUAAAGACCAGAGCAGGGCCCAAUUUCAUAGAGCUUUAAGAAAAUCCCUGCUUAGCAAAAAUGAGCAGGAUACCAGUCACAAAUUGUACAGGUAAAAUGGUAUUGCAGCUGGUAUUGUUAUUCUGGUAAGUAUAAUUUUAUUUUGCUUAGCUUAUUUUUUAGUUCUUUAAAGACACUGGACACUAUUGGUAACUGUCAAAGAC